AUGGAGGCAUACCUCAUGGAGGUAUGCAAAAUAGAGAAGCAAUUCUUGGGCCUAGAACUGCAGCACGUGCCCCGCGACACGAACAAGGAGACCGACGAGAUCGCCAAGAGGGCGUCCAGACGCGUGCCUCAGGAGCCUGGCAUCUUUGAACAACGACUAUUCAAGCCUUUAGCAGCCCCUCUGGCUAUGGGAUCGGCGCCACCUCGGGAGGGGCUUCCCCCACCACCAGCCUCGGGGCCCCCUGCCUGCGGUCCAACCUUAGGAGCACGCCUGCUCCUGGCGCUCGAGCCUCAGGAGGGGUGCUGGACCGAAGAGUUCAGGGCGUACCUGGUGCAAGGAACAUUGCCAGAGAAGGAGGAAGAUGCAGAGCGCGUGGCCCGGCAGGCUACUGCGUACUGCAUUCAAGACGGUGAGCUGUAUCGAAAACGGCCGAACGAUGUUUCCUUGUGGUGUAUCUCCAGGAAGCAGGGAUGCGAGCUGUUAGCUGACAUACACGGUGGGGAUUGCGGGCAUCAUUCGUCGUCGCGCACUCUGGUGGGCAAGGUGUUCCGUGGCGGAUUCUACUGGCCCACGGCGCUCAACGACACAACCGAGCUAUUGAGGUCUUGCGAGGUAUGCCAGUUCCACGCCAAGCAAAUCCACCAGCCUGCUCAGGGCCUUCAGACCAUUCCGCUCUCUUGGCCAUUCGCGGUCUGGGGGCUGGACAUUCUGGGAAGAAAGGAGAGGAUGGGCAAAAGAGGCACCCACGCCUGCAGCAACUCACGAGGGUCGGCUCCCAGCGCCCCCCCCCCCGACUCAGCCGGAGCCCUCCUCGCGCUUCACCGGGGCGUGGCGACGGGUCGACCCGCCACCAUCCUUGAAGCGACCCCGACGACGUGGCGGCUGGUUGUAGCCGCUGCUGCUGGAUCUUUAGCCGGAGGAGGAGCCGCCGCUGCUGGAUGA